GCACCUUCUGGACCCGCCCCCACCAUCCUAUAGGGCAAGCAGCCUGGCUUCUCUGUGUGCCUAUUGGGCAUGCCUAUGACUUCAGAAAGAUAACCAAUGGUUAUCAGCUGGGAUCUACGAGACUGCCAAAGCGCAAUCUGGAAACCUCUUGAGUGCGGCAGUGCUAGUGGAUUACCAGUGUGUGUGUCCCGUGUGUCCCUGGGUGGGUGAGACAUUCCGGGCGGUUGGGGAGGCUGGAGUCAGAGCGUUACCCGCCUACCCUUUUCCAGGAUCUAAGCAACUAGCAGGACUUCAACUUGCCCUCACCUCUUUAGAGUUCAGGGAAGAGUCACCUCCUUCGGGCUGGGCUUCACACACAACUACUGGCCAGAUGGAGCCCAGCACCUCAACCAGGAAGCAUUUCACCAUCAAUGACUUUGAAAUCGGGCGUCCUCUGGGCAGGGGGAAAUUUGGGCGUGUGUACUUGGCUCGGCUCAAGGAAAAUCAUUUCAUCGUGGCCCUGAAGGUCCUCUUCAAGUCUGAGAUAGAGAAGGAGGGAUUGGAGCACCAACUUCGCAGGGAAGUGGAGAUCCAGGCACACCUACAACACCGGAACAUCCUUCGCCUGUACAACUACUUCUAUGAUGACACUCGGAUAUACUUAAUUCUGGAGUAUGCUCCAGGAGGAGAGCUCUAUAAGGAGCUUCAGAGACAUCAGAAGUUGGACCAGCAGCGUACAGCCACGAUAAUACAGGAGUUGUCAGAUGCCCUGACCUACUGCCAUGAGAAGAAGGUGAUUCACAGGGACAUCAAGCCAGAGAAUCUCCUGCUGGGCCUCAAUGGUGAGGUGAAGAUCUCAGACUUUGGGUGGUCUGUGCAUACCCCCUCUCUCAGGAGAAAGACAAUGUGUGGGACUCUGGACUACUUGCCCCCGGAAAUGAUAGCGCAGAAACCGUACAAUGAGAUGGUUGAUCUGUGGUGCAUUGGGGUGCUCUGCUAUGAGCUGCUGGUGGGGAAGCCACCCUUUGAGAGCAGCACCUCCAGUGAGACAUACAGACGCAUCCGCCAGGUGGAUUUUAAGUUUCCUUCAUCAGUACCUGCAGGAGCCCAGGACUUGAUCUCCAAGCUUCUUAGGUACCAUCCUUCAGAGCGGCUGAGCCUGGCCCAGGUCCUGAAGCACCCCUGGGUCAGGGAACACUCUCGAAGGGUGCUUCCUUGCUAGUUCAGGGGUCUUCCUGAGCCCUGUCCAUCUCUAUCCCUAUGUAUUUCUUCAGGAAGGUCUCCAGGCUCUGUUUGUUAGUGCAUGUGGUUCGCUUGUUUUCUCUUUUAUGAAGUGAUGUUAAUUAAAACUGAUUAUUUUAGCAUCAA